UCAAUGGUGGUGCCAGAAGACCAGGAUGGCAAGUCUGAUGAAUGUUCAGAGCUGUCCAGAGACACAUCCAGACCCAAUCUUACUGUGGCACCAGCAAGCUCACGUAAAGCUGGCACCGCUGACCAGAAAGCAGAGACUAGAAAGUCAGCCAAAGUUAUUGUUGACAUGCGGGAGUUCAGAAGCGAGUUACCAUCACUGAUUCAUAAAAGGGGCAUAGAAAUUGAACCCGUAACAUUACAGGUUGGUGAUUACAUCUUGACACCUGAAAUAUGUGUGGAGAGGAAAAGCGUGAGUGAUCUGAUUGGCUCUCUAAACUCUGGCCGACUAUACAAUCAAGCCCUUGCCAUGACAAGGCACUAUAAUAAGCCUAUGUUACUUAUUGAAUUUGACCAGAACAAACCUUUUACAUUGCAGGGAACAUACUAUAUGAGCAAUGAUGUAACAUCCAGUGAUGUUGUAGCAAAGCUCCAGCUUUUGACUCUGCAUUUCCCAAAGCUGAAGCUUGUCUGGUCACCAAGUCCAUAUGCCACUGCUCAGUUGUUUGAAGAACUCAAGCAUGGACGAGAGGAACCAGACCCAACAGAUGCAGCAGCUAUUGGAAUGGAAUUAAGUUCAGAGCAACUGGACUCAGACAUGCUAGAGAUGUGGAACACUGCUGUAGAUGAUCUAGUGACCAAGUUACCAGGAGUGACAACAAAAAAUCUGCGCUCGUUGCUGACCAAGGGCCAGUCCCUUGAUUAUCUUCUUUCUCUUUCAAAGGAUGAACUGGUGCAGAUAAUGAAUAACAGUAGUGAAGCACAAAACCUAUUCGAUGGACUUCACAAAACAUAUCAAGAUGUGCAAGUAUUGGAUGUUGGAUAUAAAGCACCUGAAAAAGGACGAGGCAAAAGCCGAGGUCCCUUCAAAAGACGCAAAGUAUAACCCUUCUCAAGGCUGCGGAAAUUUCUGUGCAUUGGAUAAUUUCUACUCUUAGUUGCAAGAAUCAGCAGAAAUUACCAAUCCUGUGUUCACUGAAUAUCCUAAAUGGUAAAAUAUAUCAUACAUUUAUGAAACAU